AUCGUUGAAGACACGUACAUGCAGUGAGAGCGAGACAGGGCAUUGGGACAUCUCAUCACCACAGGUAAUAUCGAUCGUUUGUCUUUGUUUGAACCGAUUCAACUGUCCAACAACCAUUUAGAAGGAGAAGUACGUUUCAACCAACCAACCAACCAACCAACCAACCAACCAACCAACCAACCAACCAACCAACCAACCAACCAACCAACCAACCAACCCAACCUAACCCAACCUAACCCAACCCAACCCAACCUGGAAACAUGCGAAAAACAAGCUUGCGGUGGCUUAUUUUACUGCAAGUCGUCGCCACACUAGUCUUGACAAUAUAUCUACAUUUGGUAAAAACGCCAGGUGACAGGAAAACGUUACAGAAACCACUGAGGGCUGAAAAUCCUUAUGAAAAUGUCGGGUACGGUGGAAAAUGGAGUCCCACCGGAAGAACUUCGUCCAGCUCCUCGGAGAGAGUCGACAUCUUGACGACACACCUACAUUUGGUGAAGACGCCAGGUGACAGGGAAACGUUACAAAAAUCCGUUCGGGCUGAAAAUCCUUAUGAACAGGUACAUGUAGGGUACGCUGGUAAAUGGAGUCCCCCUCGAAGAACACGGUCCAGCUCCUCGGAGAAAGUCGCCGUCCUGACGACACACCUACAUUUAGUGAAGACGCCAGGUGACAGGGAAACGUUACAGAAACCACUGCGGGCUGAAAAUCCUUACGGAAAUGUCAGGUACGGUGGAAAAUGGAGUCCCCCUGCACGAAAUAGGUCCAGUUCCUCGGAGAAAAUCGCCGUCUUGGUGACGUUCAGAGACCGAGAGAAACACCUGGAUAUAUUUCUCCGCCACAUGCACCCGUUUCUCCAGCGGCAGGGGCUUGACUACACCAUUUACGUCAUAGAACAACAUGGCGACGAACCCACGUUCUGCAAGGGUUUGCUCUACAACGUCGGCUUCACGGAAGCAUUAAAGGAGGAUCCUACUUACGACUGCUUCAUCUUCCACGACGUCGACCUCCUUCCAGAAGACGACAGAAACUUGUACACCUGUAGUCAGUCCCCCUAUCACCUCUCGGUCGCUGUCGACACAUUAAACUACAGCCUGCCCUACCAGGAACUGUUUGGUGGAGUGUCGGCCCUGAAAACCUGGCAUUAUAAACUGGUGAACGGAUAUUCCAACUUGUUCUGUGGAUGGGGAGGGGAAGAUGACGAUAUGGCUAUUCGGCUGAAAUUACACCUGUUAAAGCUGUCACGUCCGAGUAAGGACGUCGCCAGAUACAAGAUGUUACGUCACAACAAAACGGAAAGGAAUCCACAAAGGUACGAUCUUUUAACUCAUUGGAUAUUCAGGACUAAGAGAGGAGACGGACUGAAGAGUUUAUACAGAAAUGGCUUUACUAUAACUUCGACAUCACACAGAGAACUGUACACUCACAUCUUAGUAAAUAUCCAUAAGAGAGAAGCGCUGGCAAAAGACUUCACUAGCAACAGGCAUCACUGGUGAGACAAUUUCGGUUUACAGGACAGAUAAUCCAUGUAAUGUUUUCUCACUUGAGCCACGCCAUCUUUUGAUUUCUUUUGUCAAUUUCAUUUUUUUCUGAUUAGAAAAAAAUCACAUGAAUCAACCUCGAAAUGCAAACAACCAGUUAAAGAAAGUUAGUUUCUCAUUAUCUUUUACAGUUUUUCUGUUUAAUAAUAUAUUAUAAGUUCAACAAUAUAAUGCAUUGUUUGAAUCCAGCCUAAUAUAUAUUCACAUAUAUAUAUAUACUCACAAGUGAUAACUGGCUACUGAGGAUACGGUGAUAACAUUUGAGUCUUUGUCUUUUUCUAGUGACAUUUUCGCAUUUUAUCUAUGAUAUCAGGCAUACACGACAGUCACUAUAAAUCUUAUAUAUACUGA